ACCCUUUCUUGGAUAUUACAGCAGGAUCUGCGCUUUUCCAGCUUUAAGGUCAGCUCUCUCCCCUCCCCGAAACUCAUUGGAUGCAGGAAGAGCCCCCCUCCUCACUCCCUUCCCAAGCUCCCCCUCCUUUCUCUUUAAUGCACAUCUCACUAUGCUUUGGAGGGGAGGGAGGAGCAAACACAGGAAGAAAUUUACCGCAAUGGAUUUCACAAUUUACUCUGGCCUCCAGGUCUAAUUCGAAUGGGAUUCAUGAGACUCCAGCAGGAAUUUGCAGCACUGUUAGACCCAAGAGUCCUAACCAGCAGCGGGAUAAGAGAAAGUCCAGAACUACUCCUACCCCCAUCAAAAGUAAUAUCUGUUCCUUCUGCUCUCAUUCGUUUGCUGGUUGUUUAAACUUCUCCCUUUGGAGAUGCCUUCUCUCAGAAAAAGAUGGAGUGGCACUCUUCGGCUCUUUCCAGUCUCUGGACAAUGUUCCUGUUGAGAGAAACUGGUGUGGAAAAAGGGGUUUUUAGCUUCCUGUACAAAGUGCUAAGAAGAGCCAAGACUUGGUGCUCGGCAUUUCCUGAUUUGCUACGGUUUUGCCAUCAGCACCCGGAGAGCGCUUUGCACGCGAUUCUCCUAAAGGGUUAUCAAGAGUGCUGUUCCGUGGGAUAGAUGGCUGGAGAGGCUUCAGUACCCUGGACAGUUCCCUCUCGGCUCCCUGUUUUGGUUCAGAGACUGAGUGAACUGCUUUAGUGCGUGUUCUCCUUUUCUUUUAAGAAAAAUUACCUCCCUACAGAUUUAUUUUUCAGCUGGAAUUUGUAUCAAAGCCUUCCCCCCAUCCCCCCCCAAAUAAUCACCUAGAUUGAAGGAGGAACUGAAGCUUUGAAAGGUAAAUUUCAGCACCUGGAGAGAUUCUAUUAUUUCUACAUUUUGGGGAUUGAGGUACAAGAAAAACAAAACGGUAGCAGAGUAGAUGGUUCUAUUUUUUCCCCCUCUGCUGAUUUUAGAGACUGAAUAUACAUAGGAAUUCAGAUUUUCUGUAAAUGCCUGCUUGGAUUUAUUUUAGCCUAGAAACGGAGUACAGAUUUUUGCUUUAAGCUCUCCCCUUCCCAUCCCUCAGUGCACCUUCCCCCAAAUUACUCCAUGUUUUAAUGUUUAUUUAAAGUAUUUCAAGUUUAGCUAAAUGUCUAAUUUGGAUUCAUUCAUCCACCUGUCCUGUAAUCUUUUCCACAUUUCUCCCCUCCUGGAAGGUUUAGAGGGACUCGUUUUUAAAGCAAACCACUCUAUCUUUUGGUGGUGGUUAGUUAUGAUUUGCCAUUAGGAGACAGGAGGAUAGGGACUGGCUUGGAACAUGCUGUACAAACACUGGCCCAUCAAUCAUCUGCAGUGAUUUUUUUUUAAAAAAAUAUUGAAUAUUCAGCUGAGAGUUUUAAAAGGAGCCUCGUUACCAAGAAACUUUGGCAUCAAAAGGCUUGGAAAACCCUCUCCGGAUCUCCCCACCAUAGUUGAUACUUCCUCAAUAGCAUGGGCAUUGGUUUUCCUGUGUAACUAAGGGGGGAAAAAACCCAUCCCCUUGGGCAUCGCCACAUCUGGCAGGGAUUUAAGGGCUUCAAUCCAAGCAUCACUGCAAUCUACAAUGGCAAAUGAACCGGUGAUCUUGAAUGUUUAUGACAUGUACUGGAUAAAUGAAUACACCUCCACAUUGGGUAUUGGAGUCUUCCAUUCUGGAAUUGAGAUCUACGGUAGAGAGUUUGCCUAUGGAGGACAUCCCUAUCCUUUCAGUGGGAUUUUUGAGAUCACACCAGGCAGUGCAGUGGAGCUUGGAGAGACCUUUAAAUUCAAAGAAUCCAUUGCCUUGGGCACCACAGACUUCACUGAAGAAGAUGUGGAUAAAAUCAUGGAGGAACUGGGCAAAGAGUACAAGGGCAAUGCUUAUCAUCUCAUGCACAAGAAUUGCAAUCACUUCUCAGCUGCUCUGGCAGAGAUCCUGUGUGGGAAGGAAAUCCCACGCUGGGUGAACCGCCUGGCCUACUUUAGCUCCUGCAUUCCUUUCCUGCAAAGCUGCCUCCCCAAGGAAUGGCUGACCCCUGCCGCUCUGCAGACUCAUAUCAACCUUGGCCUUCAUAAGGAGGAGCAGGGGGACACGACGGAUGAGGAAUCGCCAUCGACUUCGGCAGCUGCUUCAGCCCCAGGCCCUUCGCGAACCUGCCGGCACACAAGGGUCUGAACUCUGCCCGUGGAAGCGGCCCUCAAAUCUUGCCCCCUACGCCACUGGUUGCUCCUCCAUCUUUUCCUGCGGCUGCUCGAUCUUUUUUCCCAAGAACCUCCUUGCCAGGAUGAGAGCAUCCCAAGAGCAUCCUUGCCAGGACAAGAUGACACCUUUGCCUCUUUUUCAAAGGGCUGCUGUUACUUAAAGCAACAUUUAGAAUUGUCUCAAUACAUGUCUUGAGAUUAAACUUCUGGAGCUGACAUUCUCCGUAUUGGGAAAACUAUGAUCUCUGGAAUAUGACACAGCAGCCCUGAAAGGAAGCCAUAUUGAGGGACAGAUGCUUCAUCUGGAACUCUUUUAAUUCUCUAUCUCCAGUCAUACAUGCACAAGGCCUUCUCCCCCAUUCCUCCAAAGCUGUAUCUCCUUUAAAUAUUGAAAAAGAGGAACUGAAACUAGAGCUUCACUUUCUCCUCCCUCAGACCAGCAGCAAGCUCCACUUAACUGUCCCUUCAUUCUUUUUAAAUCACUAGUUUCUUAAGCUACUGGAAGGGUCAAUGAAAGGUGCUCCUAUUCAACCACUGCAGAUUUUGUGUGUGUGUGUGAAUUCAAAUACUGUAUAAUAGACUAAAUGACACUUUACUCUCCAACUACAGUAGCAAAAAUUAUCUAGAAAUA